AGUCCCUGCUUGGAGAGUGGGAUGAAGGGACUGACGGGGAGGUUGGUGUUCUGAAUCAGAUUUCUGGUCUGAAGCACCCAGUUGUUUUGUGAUGAAUCCUCCUGGUUUCUGUGGAGUUGAGGAGCUGCUCUCUCUGUGAAGAAGGUCACAUCUUGAGCCUUUAGAUGCUCCUGAACAGCACGCAUGACUUAAAUCUGUCAGUGGCGACCACACAAGAGGGGUUCCAGCAUGGAAAACAGAAGUCGGUCGGUGCAGGUCGGCUGUUUACUGGAAACCAUGGGCCAACUACCCACACAGGUUUAACUUGUCCCACUACCAGCACACUGCCUUGAAUGUCCAUGUACAUUCUUGAUGGGAGAAGCGUGAUCAUAAACUUAUCUGUCAUCUGACUUUUCUGGCAAGUGUUUCCUCAUUGUUUUAUGUUGUUUUGAAUCUGAUUUCCCACCCUUUAUUGACUGUGAUGUUGAAAUACGGCUCAAAAAAACUGACUAGACAACGACAUAUGAUUGCUUUUACCUAAAAGCUUGGCACCUCCAGUACAACCCCAGAUAAAUUUAUCUGUUAAAUAAGCAAAACUGUGAGACCACACUUAAUCCUGUUAUCAUUUUAGCUCUUUAACAUCCUCACCAAGAAAAAGGCAAUGAAAAAAUUAUUUCUUUAUAUUUCUUAUCUCUUUGGGGCACUAAUAACAACAAUGAAUGUUUUUUUUUUUUUUUUAAUGAAGAGACCCAGCAGUUUUUAAAAUAUUGACCUCUAUGAAACGGUUGAGAAAAAUUAUUUGACCCUUUUAAAUUUUUUUUUUUUUUUUUACUUUUCAAAUGGCACAGUUGUGUUCAGCAACUCCUUAGGCACUAUAAUAUGUCAAAAGUAUUACUUUACCUUUGAAAAUCACAGCAAACGGAGGCCUCAUGUGAGGAGUGAUUUAGCUUGUGCUAACUUCCUGUGAGCAGACUAACUUGCUCUGCAUGCUGUUUCAAAACACGGUGACAUCUACUGGACUUUUUUUUAGUAUAAUGUACCUCAACUGAGUGGUAGAGAUGGCUGAAACAGGUGGAAUUAAGUAAAACAUAUUUUCAAUAAAAUAUAGUGAGUCAAAAUGUGCUCUACCAAAUGGUUGAGCAGAACGUUGAAGGGUUAGGCAGCUAGGUCACAUAGUUGUUUUAGGUGUCGCUCUGUUAUUUGCCUUGGCUUUUAAUAGCUGUUUAAUUUGGCUUUUCAUUAGGCCACAUAGUUUUGUUUCUUGUGUCACAGAAAUACUACACACCUACCCGAGAUAUUUAUAACAUUAAGUUUCCCCAAAUAUACUCAAGAUGUAAUAGGUGCAGCUUUACUCCCUGUAUGUGUCUGAUUAAUUAAAUUAGGUAGCAUUAAAUAGACUAGAAAGAAGAAGACGAAAGUCUUGAAUCUGCAAAUGAUUCGUUUUAUAACUGACUAGUGUGGGAAAAACGGUGAAUGCUGAACUAAAUAUAUAGAAAACCAGGAGACAUAAUGGUACGCUAUAGGGGAGAAGCCUGUGUUAAAUUAUGUAGGUCACUUUAAAAGUUGUGAAUAUUUCUGCAGUUAAUUAUUUAGCAUUUUAGUUUUCAAUUAAUUUACAUUAAUCUGAAGAAAUCAGCUUUCACUUUGACCUGAAAGUGUCUUUUUUUUGGUCAAAUUUUGUCAAAGAUGCCACUGUAAAUCUAUAUUGAAAAGCAAUACAAGGGAACACUUCCAACUUCUGUAUGUAUACACAUAAUUUCUGUAAUGUUCUCUUUUGAAUUCAACCUAUUUUCUAUUUGAACUGUAGCAUUUAAAAUGCUUUUAGUAUUCCUAAUUUUCUUGGGCCUAAUACUUCACUAGAGUAGCUUUGUCCCUUCAUGCAGCCCUUCAGCUCAUCCCUUGUCUAAAACAAGCCAUUUUAGGGCCCGUGUCUCCUGACAAGAACACUCUCUUCUGAUUAGCACACUUUGCAGAAGCCUUCAGGUGUGAGAAUAGUGUCAUCCUUCUGCAAGUGUGGAAUUUCCAAAAGCAAAGUAUAAGUAACAUAUGUUAAAUAAUAUCAUUUGUUGUUCUUGAUUGCAAAUGGGAACUUGUCAUUUGCAUCUAUACAUGUUCAAGCUCUCAUCUAAUCCAGAAUAUGAGCGCAAACAGCGUGAACACCUGCUGCAACAAAGAUCAGCAAAAUGUCCCUGUCUGGUAAAUAUUACCGAUAGAACCUGCCAAUUUGUGACAUGACAGUGAAUUUAAUCUUUCAAUCACUAGCCGUAUAUGCAGGCUUUCUAUAUUUUUUCAUUUAACCUUUAUUUAACCAGAUUAAAGACCCACUGAGAUCGAGACCUCUUUCACAAAGGUGACCUGGCCGAGAGAGGCAGCAGCAAACGUCAAAGUAAACAAAAAACAGAUAACAUUAACAACAAACAUUAAAAUAUUAAAUACAAGCAAUUAGAUAGAUAAAAUACGGGAGUUAUUUUUACAAUAUAAUUUAUAAACACAGGCACUGUAUCUGACCUUGUUGAUUGAUGUACAUAUGGGAUGUGCCAAAAUGCUGACUGAAGAGAAACAAGUCUAGGGUCAGAUAAUACCAGAGGUAACGUAGCAUGUAAGAUGUUUCUGUUGUCACAAAAUGACUGUAUAUUAUCUCUUCUGUAGCACUGAUUAUUUGCAUGCUGCCUAGAUUCCUACUCAAGUAUUCUGUAUAAGCAUAUAUUAACAUAUGCCUGGAGCAAAUAGCCAUAUAAUGAAAUCUGUGCUUACAUCAGCUGGUUGCAAAAAUAGAAAAAAAAAACUGUUGGAAACUGAGUGUUCAGAGACGUCUGAAGCCUGAAAUUACAGUUUCAUAUGUUUACGUCAUUAUUCAAAGCUGUCACAUAUCCAUAUAGGACAGAAAAUAAGGAAAAGGACAAUAGAUUGUCUUUAAUGUAUAUUUUAAAUUACAUCAUAAAGGAACUGGCUUUGUCUUGUCUAGUUAGAAAUGUGAAUAAAUAAAUUCAUAAAUUUUUUGUUUACAUGGACUUUAAGCAAAUAUGCCCUGCCAAUGUCAUAAAGAAAAUAUAUCUGCUUGUGAAUAAAUCCCAGGAUGAUUUAGCUUAUAAUUGGGAAACGUUAUUUCCAAGCUGAUGUGCAGCAUAAAGACAGCUUCUCCACAGUAACCCCAGAGAUAAAUAGUUCCUCCUGUACACCUGUUCUCACUUUCUCACAGUAAGGAGGCGAGCAAUUAUUUGGCUCUGAACAGGAACAAAACAGCAAUGUUGACAUAGUAACUAGUAUAAUUAGACUAAAAUAAUUUCUAGACCACAAACUGCUGACAGGUGGGUCCUUACGUACAGUUUGUACUUUUCAUUCAAGCACACACAUACCAAGUAAGCAGCCUUGUCACACACUCUUUUGUUCCUUGAUUGACAUGGCAUCUCAAAAGUUGUGCUCAGUACAGAAAGAUUCCACUGCUUUUGAUAGUGCAGUAAUGCUAUUGUUCUAAUCAGAAUCAAAUAAAGUCCUCACACAUUAAAAUAUUUUUGUCAGCACCUUGCAAAGCAACCCAGUGCAGCGAUUGAGUUUUCUCCAUGGUUAAGAUAUGGUUAGUAUUAGACGAUUAAAACUUCAGCAAACCAACUGCAAACAUGGUUAAAAUGGAAAAAAAAACAGUUGAUUAUAGCUGGUCACUAUCAAAUAAAUACCAUGAAACUUGUUGAUGUUCUACCAGACUACAAGGAACCAUUGUUUCCAGAGAAUUUGAUUUUAAAGUUUCAUUUACAGACGCUGCACUGAGGCUUAAAGCUCAGAGGCCAAAUAUGAGGAAGUAAAACCCACAACUCUAAGAUGUCACUUAUGGUACGAAAGAUAUGUUUGUUUGUUUGUUGUUUCUUGAGCCAUCUCAAGAUUUUUAGUUAUCUUGAUGAGAUGGGGGAGGCACCUUUCAACAAGAAGGAAGUCAAGUGCUCUCAGCUGGCAACACUGAUAAGAAAAAACACCAUUUCGAAAAAAUCUAGUCGAUAUUUUGGUUUUGUUAUUCCACUCAACUUUAAGGGAAAACUACUAAAUGCUCUUCUUUUUUCACUGCUAAUUUAAUGGCACUUAAAUUCUUGUCUGAUCACACCUCACACCUUUGCACAUCACUUGCUAAACAUUUUCUUAUCAAUAGACUCUACAAUGUACCCAUGUAAAAGCCCCAUAUUGCAGGUUGUGGUACCUGUGGUCUUCAGACAGGUGUGUGACCAAAAAUGAGUAAAGGAGGGCGUUCUCGUGUCAGAUUUGUCCCAGAUGAAACCGAGUGAUUUUUUUUCUAUGAGCGGAAAAAAACAGUGCAACAGUGCGCUCCACAUUUCAUGAGAAGGCCACAUUUUUAAGUGUAAAUACCACAGUGCACCGAAGAUCUAACUUUCCACCACUGUAGUUAAAACACACACUAGCUGCCCGUGCCAGUUAGAGCAACACCAACACAGUUUAAUGAUCAUCAAUGACCUUGCACCAUUGUGAACACUGGAAUUUUUAACUCACACACCCUCAAAAAGAGAUUUAAGCGCAACCAUUUUGGUCGGAGUCUGGAGCCCUGCAGUAAAAGGAAGUUAAUAUUUUUCUACCAGAGUCACCAACAACUUGUAACAAGUGUCAAAAUGCCUGCAUUGUUCACGACUUAGACUAAGUAUUCAAGUCUGUGGUAGAAUAUUUCUUUUUUUCUUGCCACAUUGAUUUGAAUAAUCUUCCCUGAUCUCAAUACUCAGUGGAAAGUUGUUAUGAGGAAGCAGCUUUAUCCAUCAGAUACACCUAACUAGUAAAACAACACAUUUGUGGGACUGUGCCAGCUCUGGGUGUAUAAAACCGUCUCGCAUCGCUGCAGAUUCAGAUGAGAUGUAUAUGAAGGAAAGAAGCGCAUGUGAAAAGGUUUAAUUUUUUGAGUGUUGAACAAUGGCAGGUCAAAUCAUAUUGCCUGUGCUGCUUUUGGGGAUAAUAAGUGGGGUGACUCCUCAAUUUACAGGAACCCUCUACCCAAUUGGUGGGACAACAAGUGCUCGAUCAUUGGAUGGAAGUUCUCCUAGAAUUGCCCUGCUUCGACCUUUUGUUUAUUUCGGACACACCUAUAAUCAGAUUUAUGUGAACCACAAUGGAGAUCUGACCUUUAAUGCACCAUGGUAUAGCUACAUACCUCAAAGGUUUCCAAUGUAUGGAUCCAGAGACAUCAUCGCUCCAUUCUGGACAGAUAUAGACAUCAGAAGAAAUGGUCAGAUCAACUACACGCAAUACACCAACGGCACCGUUCUCCAACAAGCUACACAAGAUAUUAAUACGUACUUCCCAGAACUGAACUUUACAGCCACCUUGGUCUUCGUAGCGACAUGGUAUCAGGUGCCCUAUUUUCCAUAUAGUGGAACCCAAACAACAUUCCAGGCAGUCUUGAUCUCUGAUGGCCGGUACUCAUUUGUACUGAUGAACUAUGGGAUAAUCGCCAGACCUACUCACAGAGUAGAGGCUGGAUACGACACCAUCAACUCUACUCACCAUCUCUCCAUCCCUGGAACAUACUUGGGUAAUAUAACUAACAUUUUCUCAGCCACCUCAGCUCAGUUGCUCAAUCGUACUGCAUACCUGAGCAACGUCAACGUACCUGGUCGCUUUGCUUUCCGGGUGGACAAUGGAUCAAGAGGCUGCAUCUUCAAUGGUGCAGCUGUGCAGCGUGGUGACUCGUUCUGGAGUGACAGUGCCUGUACUCAGAAGUGCACCUGCACCUCAGCAGGCCUGCAGUGUCACAACCAGCUCUGCUCCUUCUCACAAAUCUGCCGGCCAACUUCCUUUCAGUUUUCCUGCCAGACAGUGCAGAGACGCACCUGCACCAUAAGCGGCGAUCCACAUUACUACAGCUUCGAUGGCACAGUGUUUCACUAUCAGGGCACCUGCACCUAUGUUCUCUCAGAACAAUGUAAAAAUGGGUUGCCCUACUACAGAGUCGAGGGGAAGAACGAACACCGGGGCAGCACUCAUGUUUCCUGGACACGACUGGUCAGAGUGCAUGUCUACAAUGAAACCAUUGAGCUUGUGAAAGGACGUCGUGGUGAGGCCAAGGUUGACGGAAGCUUCGCAGCAACCCCGUUUUCUCUUAGCAAUGGCACCAUCCAGGUUUAUGAAUCAGGUUUUUCUGUGGUUGUCACCACCAACUUCGGCUUGGUGGUAUCUUAUGAUGCUAAUCAUCAUGUCCAGAUCAGCGUGCCCCACACCUACUUCAAUGCAACAUGUGGACUGUGUGGAAACUUCAACAAUCACGGUGGAGAUGACUUUCGGACCCGCCAAGGCCAGAUUGUGAGCUCUGAUGUAGUUUUUGCCAACAGUUGGCAAGUGUCUGGGGAUGAUGAGCCUGGAUGUGAGGCACGAUGUGGCGGGCUGAACUGUGCUGCCUGCACUAGCACUCAAACAGCAUUAUACAGCAGUGCUGCUCAUUGUGGUAUCCUCCAGAGCACGUCUGGACCUUUUGCCGCUUGCCAUCAACAAUUUCCCCCACAGAACUAUGUGGACAGUUGUGUGUAUGAUCUGUGUAUAGGAGGAGGGUACCAGCCCAUUUUGUGUCAAGCUCUAAAUGCGUAUGCAAGUCAAUGUCAACAAAGUGGAAUCCAGCUGCAAAGCUGGAGAAGAUCCGGUUUCUGUGAAAUCCAAUGCCCAGCAAACAGCCACUUUGAGUCCCAAGGCACAGGAUGUCCACCUACCUGUGUUAAUCCCAACUCCACCAACAACUGCCCUCUGCCUGCCCAGGAGAGCUGCAUCUGCAAUCCUGGCUACAUUCUCAGUGGAGGGGUCUGUGUCCGUCAUUCUGACUGUGGCUGCAGCUUUGAGGGUCGUUACUACCGCUCUGGAGAAACCGUAAUACUAGACAAUGACUGUGGAAGACGCUGUAGCUGCAGGUAUGGCUCCAUGACUUGUCACUCCCACAGAUGUGGCCCACUUGAGUUGUGCGACGUUGAGGAUGGAGAAAGAGGAUGCAGACCAAAAAGCUACGCAACCUGCUGGAUAAGGGGCUCAGGGUCAUAUCAUACGUUUGAUGGACUGACAUACCAGUACCCUGGGGCGUGUCGCUUGACCGUUUCCAAAGUAAUAGGAUCGUCUAGCCAAUCGCACUUUGUGGUAACAACAGAAAAAGUGCCAAGACACCAGCAGGGUUUUUCCAAUGUGAUAAAGAUUGAGGCAGAGGGAACACAAAUCUCCAUUGAGAUGGCACCAAGCAGCAAAGUUCAGGUUGACGGUCAGCUGAUCAGAUUACCUUUCAGCUCUGCGUCCAACCGAAUCCGCAUCUACCACAGCAGCAUUCACAGCAUCGUCCUUCACACCUCUUUUGGUGUAACUGUGCAGACAGUCUGGCCUCGCUUUGUUCGUCUCACUGUACCCAGUAGCUACAACAGUUCACUUGGUGGACUCUGUGGAAACAACAAUGGUAACCCACAUGACGACUUCCGCACGCCCAGUGGUACACUGGUCAACAGUUCUCAGGCCUUUGGAGACAGCUGGCGAAAUGGCUCACUUGCUGCACAGUGUGUGGAAAGCAUCAAUCACAAUUCUACAACCAAUUACAGUUCCAAUGAGUACUGUGGCAUUCUUACCUCACCACAUGGGCCCUUUGCACCGUGUAACACCACGGUGGACCCACAGCAGCAGUUGGACGCAUGUGUGAACAUACUCAGGGGCUCUAGAGAUCCAACAUCAGCACUGUGUGAGGUCCUUAGAGAUUAUGUACUCAUGUGUCAACAGAGGGGCAUUACCUUAGGACAGUGGAGAAAUGCAACUGCCUGUGCACAAACCUGCCCUGCAAACAGCCAUUAUGAGCUCUGCGGAAGCUCUUGUCCAUCUGCCUGCCCCAGCCUCUCUUUCCCCUUUACCUGUGUCACUCGGUGCCAGGAUGGGUGCCAGUGUGAUGAUGGGUUUGUCCUCAAUGGCAACCAGUGUGUGCCACCAACAUCCUGCGGAUGCUAUCACAAUGGACGCUAUCGCGAAGGUGGCGAGCAGUUCUUGGAUGGUGAAUGUCAGCACUUGUGCACCUGUAACAGCACUACUGGAGUGGUCCAUUGCGUCAACAACGCCUGUGGUCCCCAGCAGUCCUGCCGGGUCGUGGCAGGCGAGUUGGGCUGCCACGCCAUCCCUCGUGGCACCUGCUCUGCCUCUGGAGACCCCCAUUAUCUCACCUUUGAUCACAAGGCCUAUGACUUUCAGGGAACCUGCCGCUAUGUUCUGGCCACUCUUUGCAAUGCCACUCACGGGCACCACCAAUUUUCUGUGGAAGCGAAGAAUGAGCCGUGGAAUGGGUUGCCAGUUUCAAUCACAGCUGAAGUUUUUGUGAAUGUGUGGGGCUAUCAAGUACACAUGUCCAGACACAGGAGGGGUGUAGUAGAGGUAAAUGGAAUAACAAGUAAUUUACCAGUUCUCUUGAAUGGCAGUCGUGUAUCUAUCUAUGCAAGUGGAUCUCGAACGUUUGUCAGUUCGGAUUUUGGUCUGAGCGUCUCGUACGAUGGAUGGAGUACAGUGGUUGUCUCCCUGCCUUCAAGUUACAGUGGACAAAUGUGCGGACUUUGUGGAAACUUCAACGGAAACCCAAAUGAUGAGUUCCAAUCUCCAAAUGGAACAACAGUCACCACUCCUCAUGCGUUCGGGGCGUCCUGGAAGGUGCCAGGUAACUACACCUGCAACGACGGCUGUGGCUCCUCCUGCCCCCGAUGCACCAAUGAACAGCCCGCCAGAGCUCAGUGUGAGGUGAUUAAAGCAGCUGACGGCCCCUUCAGCUUCUGCCACGAGCAGGUGGACCCAGCACCGUAUUUCACCGACUGUGUGUUUGACGUAUGUGUGUCCGGAAAUCGAAACCAAGACCUUCUGUGCAGGGCCAUUCAGUCGUAUGUCAGCGCCUGUCAGUCUGCUGAUGUUCCUAUCUUCCCUUGGAGACAGAACACCACCUGCAGACUCGACUGUGCAGCCAACAGUCAUUAUGAGCUGUGUGGUACAGACUGUGGUGACACUUGUGCCAACAGCAUUAAUGCCACCUGUGAGCAAGGAUGCUCGGAGGGAUGUUUCUGUGAUGAAGGCUUCGUCAGGAGUGGGUUGAGGUGUGUCCCUGUGCAAAGCUGUGGCUGCCAACACAACGGCUUCUACUAUGACGCUGGUGAAUCCUUCUGGACAGAUGGUUGCUCCCAGAGAUGUGAAUGUCGUGCUCCCAAUGACCUGCGGUGUUCUCCUGCAUCUUGCACUCCCACACAACAGUGCACCAUCAGAAAUGGCCAGCUGGGCUGUUAUGAUGCACUGUCUACUUGCACGGUGUGGGGAGAUCCACACUACAUCACCUUUGACGGAGUAGUGUCUCACUUUCAGGGCACGUGCUCUUACAUUAUUACAGAGAGUGUGGGCCACAGGACCGGUGAGACCCAGUUUCACGUAACAGCUACCAAUAACCACCGUGGCAACAACCGUGUGUCGUUUGUAUCUGUGGUGGAUGUGUACAUCGUGUAUCAAACAGAGAAUGUGCAUGUCAGGCUUGGACCCAACAGAAGAGUGAAGGUGAAUGGAACCGCGACAUCUCUUCCCACCACUGUGGGGACCUUAGCUCAGGUGGAAAGACAGGGAAACUACAUAGUCCUCAAUUCCUCUGACCUGAUUGUCCAGUUUGAUGGCCGGAGUACUUUACUGGUCAGAAUCGGCCCACAGCGUAGAAACAGAGUCAUUGGGAUGUGCGGGAACUCCAACGGCAACUCUGCAGAUGACAAAGUCUUGCCCAAUGGCACAGUGGCGCAAAAUGACAAUGAAUUUGGACACAGCUGGAAGGCACCCACAAGUCAAGCAGGAUGUGGAUCCACUGAUGAAACAGGCGACGAUGGAUUGAGUAACUGCGCCCUUGUGGCAAAAUACUCUGAGGUUUGUAGUGUCAUCACCGACACCAGCGGUCCAUUCAGUUCCUGUCACCUGCACGCGGACCCUGAGCCAUUUUUCGACUCCUGUGUCUACGACCUCUGCCUCUACACUCCAGCCAACAGCAUGCAGUGUUCUGCUGCAGAAGCCUAUGAGAGAACCUGCUCUGUUUUGGGGUUAAACAUCACUGAGUGGCGCUCUGGUUUGCACUGUGCUGAGUCAGACCCUUGUGAACAUCUGGACUGCACAGAGGAUGAAUGGUGUGGUGAGAAGGACGGCGUUUACGACUGCUUCUGCGACGAACGCCAUCAUCGACCCAACAACGAGAGCUACGACUCAGUUAUCACUUGUGCCAAUAGUACAGGCACCAUGUCUGUGUCUCGCUGCCAGCUGUUUGAAGCUGGCUUCCACUCCAGCGCCCUCCAUCUCCGAGAUGAUUCCUGCAACGCGACCCUGCAGGACGGACGCCUGGUGUUCCACUUUGACAAUGAUGACCAGCUGUGUGGGACAGUUCUCAGGAGCAAUGGAACCCAUUUCAUGUAUGAGAAUACCAUCCGGGGUGAUGUGGAUCCUCACGGAGGUGUAAUCAGCCGCCAGAGGAACAUCAACUUACGUUUCUGCUGUGAAUAUCCUCUAAAUGAGGCCCUGUCAAUGGCUGUGGGCAUCAACCCUCUAGAGAGCAUUGUGAGGAAGAAGCUUCCAUCUGGUCAAGGGGAGUAUCAUACGAAAAUGAUCCUCUACCAGGACGCUGGUUACCGCUUCCCCUUCACCAGCAGCCAAACCGUAGACAUAGAAGUAGAUGAGAAGGUGUAUGUGGAGGUGCGGACGGAGGGAAUUGACCAAACCCAGAUCUCCACCAUUCUGGAGUCUUGCUGGGCGACGCCAGUCAACAUCGCCAGCAACCCUGUCCGCUGGGAUCUCAUCACUGAAGAGUGUCCUAAUGCAGCAGAUGGAACAGUGGCAAUGCUGCAGAACGGCGUCUCCACCGUGGCCCGAUUCUCCUUCAGGAUGUUCUCCUUUACCAACUAUUCAUCCCUUUACAUGCACUGUCAGACCCACCUGUGUUUCCUGAGGAACAACAACUGCACAGCUCGCUGCCACCUGGGUCACCACUGGCGAGCUCUGAGGGAUCUAUCCCAUAGCGGCACCGUGGACAUCUCAGUUGGACCGAUAGUCCUGAAAAGUGGUUCAGGCCAGUUGACAUCACUGGUGGUGACCCUGCUGGUCAGUUUGCUGACUGCUAAAACUCUGUUCUAAGGAGAUUAGAGAUUAUUCAUAUUUUAAACUGGGAAACUGGGAUUGUAUUUCUUAUUAAAAGGCCUUUUCCUUGAGGCCUGUUUUAUAUAGUCAUGGGACAAGUAGAAAUUAUUUUGCUUUACAACAAUAGGGGGCACUAUCAUGCAGCAUAAUAAGGUUAGAAUCAGUUUGUUGUGUUUACUGUGUAUGAUAUUAAUCAGUUGUAACCAUGGUGGCUUUGUAGAUAUUCUAAUCCUUAAAUCUGUUAUAUUAAGUCAUAAUACAGGUAAAUAGGUCUAAAGAAGGUUAAAAGAAACCACAACAAUAAUCAGCUAAUCAACAAUAAUCAGAAUGCAGCUUUAUACCAGCAUCACACCGAAGUGCAAUGAAAAUUACUGUGUAAUGUAAUACCCAGUGCACGAUGUUAUUAAUCUGAACCAGCUUCCUCCGAGACAAUUUGAGUUGUCGUAACAUCCAGUUAAUAUUUAGUCAAAAAUUCUCAGAUGAAUGUUGUGACAACAUUGUUUUUGCCCUUAUUUUACCUCCAAAUCUCCAAAGCUUGUGGUUUCCUUCCUACUCAUGAAAGAAUAAAUACCAAGCACUGCUUCAGGCCAGCCAACAUCAGUCCGAGUCAGUUUGCUGACAGGAAAAACGCUGUUCAAGGAAGAUCAAACACAGGCAAGCAUACAGUAAACAGAAGAGUAUAUACAGAUUAUACAACAACAUAUGAAUCAGUCAGCAGGAGCUAAAUGAAAGAACAUAGAUGUAGGAACUGUUAGUUAUGUUGUUCCACUGUGAUCCACUUAAAGAAAAAAGAGGUGCUUUAAAAAAAAAAAAGUACAGAUGAGAACAAUGAGGGUGUAGGUCAGAAAAAAAUGUUUCCUAGUUUGUAGAAACAUUUGUUAAAUUUGCUCCCACUCAAGUCGUGGUAGUUUUUCUUUACAACAUUAGAGGGCAGCAGAAGCUCAAAUACGUGCACUGUAGACUCACUAUUCACCUUUAUGUACUCAGAAUAAUGUUAAUCAGUUGAAUUCUUAGGUACUUAAAUUCAUUUAUUAUCCUUGAAUCGAUAUUUUAGUAGUGAUAAUCAUAAAUAAUGAAGGAGAAAUGAUAAAUGAAGUAAUGUUUGUGUGACAUGCACAUAGCAAAACGUCAUCUGGGCUUUGCAUUAUCUAAAUACUUGGGUGGCGAUUGAUGUCCUUGCAACUUUUUUCAAAAAAUAAAAACGGUAUUUACUUAACA